GUCAGAGCGUCGCACACUCCCUGAUGCUGUGUCAAGAUGGCGGUCUACUUGAGAAGGCUCGUCCGGAGGGUCGUCCGUCUUUCUCCCGCAGACUGCGGCGUCCCCGCGGCCGCGUUCUCCCGGCUGUCAGGUCGGUGUUGGACGCCGCCGUCCUGUCGUCGUUUUAGCCAAGAAACCGGAGAGAAAAACACUCAUUUCGGUUUCGAGAGCGUCCCGGAAGAGGAAAAGGCAAAGAAAGUGUAUGGGGUGUUUGAGAAUGUGGCCCAGAAGUAUGACAUCAUGAAUGACGCCAUGAGUCUGGGGAUUCAUCGACUGUGGAAAGACGCGCUGCUGCACGUCAUGCACCCUCAGCCUGGGACGCGCCUGCUGGAUGUGGCGGGCGGGACAGGUGACAUCGCAUUGCGUUUCCUGGACUACGUCCAAUCACAGAAGGAGCGUCAGACGAGGCGGCUGGCGCGCACCACGCAGUCGCCGUCGUGGCAGGACAUCUCGGACAACUACUCCGGACAGGAAGACGGGGAGGUGGUGGAGGCGGAAUGCAGGGCGGUGGUCUGCGACAUAAACAAGGAGAUGCUGAAAGUGGGCAAGGAGAAAGCCGACAACAUGGGCGUCAGUGCUGGUCUGUCGUGGGUGGUGGGGGACGCAGAGGAGCUGCCGUUUGACGACAACCAGUUUGACAUUUACACCGUCGCCUUUGGCAUCCGUAACGUCACCCACAUAGAGAAGGCCCUGCAGGAGGCGCUGCGUGUCCUGAAGCCCGGCGGAAGGUUCAUGUGCUUGGAGUUCAGCAAAGUAACAAAUCCUGUAUUGGCAAAGCUUUAUGAUGCUUACAGCUUCCAGGUCAUCCCAGUUUUAGGAGAAGUGAUUGCUGGAGACUGGAAGUCCUACCAGUACUUAGUAGAAAGCAUCCGCAAGUUUCCUGCCCAGGAUGAGUUCAAAGAGAUGAUGGAGGAUGCAGGCUUCUUCUGUGUGCAGUACCACAACCUGACUGCAGGAGUGGUCUCUCUUCACUCCGGGUUCAAGCUGUGACGUCUUGAUAAAAGACCACACAGAUCCAUGGACACGUUCCUUGCAUGAGGCCUCAGCUCCUGUCUGCUCAGGUCGGAGGUCAGUCUACGUUAUUAUAUUUCAAACCGCAUUCAUGAGCACCAGCGGCCAAAACAAGUGCAAUGUUGACUUAUGACUUAUCCAACUCCUGUCUUUCAGUUGUAAUAAAUGAAUAUUAUGUUUUU